ACUACGCAAAUCAAAUCAAAAAAGUGCAAACAAGAUGUAGUCAAUACUGCGUAUAAAAAUAAAAAGCCCUUUUUUUUUUCACAAGGCUUCAAUAUUUCUUUCCUUCUUCUUCAUUACAACAACAACAACAAAAAUGCUUCUUAUUACAUCGGUAGAUGAUUACCUUGGUUACUGUAUUGCCUCUCAUCUCUCUCAAGUCAAGUCCGUUCGUAAAGACUUGCGUGUCUUGUACUCCCAACCUUCUGCCUGGAUCAAGAACUUCCAAACCAAAGGUAUCGACACUGUCAAGAUUACAGACUGUCACCAUCCUGACCAGCUCUCCAAGGCCAUGCGUAACGUCUCUCAAAUCGUCCUUACCUUGGGCUCACACCCCGACCGUGUCAAGCACUGUCAAAAGCUAUUGCAAGUCGCCUUACGCUCUGGGGUCAAGUCGAUUCUUUUUCUAAGUCAUAUCGGAGCGCAAUCGGAGGAACAUGCAUCCUUGUAUGACUAUGGUCUUGUUGAGAACAUGUUGAUUGAGCAAGAAGAGCAAAUGACCAGCGUGAUUUUCCGCUUGGAUUUUAUCCAGCAAUAUUUUCAUUUGUGGGCUGCGCAGGUAGAACAAACCAAACAAUGGCGCUUACCCAUCAGCCACGAGACCGAAAUGUGCCCUGUUGAUAUUGGCGAUGUCUGCCUAAGUAUCGAAGCGUGUGUGAUCCGUAACGAUGCCUUAUUGGAAGAAUUGGAGGAUUGCCAUGUCGGUCAAGUGUAUACUUUAACAGGCCCCGAGGCGUUGAAAAAUAAACAGAUGAUGCAAAUGAUGUCUGAUGCAACACGCUACACGAAUUACAAAAAUCACAUGUGUCGGCCCAUGGAUACACGUUUCUAUCUGGAUGGUCUCUGUCGUGAUAUCUGGUUCGAUGCUCGUAUCAAGAACGAGACUGCAAAAUCAUAUCGUGAUGUAUUGGAAACAAACGCCUAUCGUACCAAAGCCUUUUCAGUCCCUCAUCGCUUAUUUAAGGAUGCAUGUAUAGAUUACUUUGAUUGGAUCAACAAGACUUCAGGAAGUGUCCCCGUCAAUCAUAUUCAGCAAUUCUCCAAGGUACCUAAAACUAUGGGAGACUUCUUUCAAGAAAACGCCAAUUCAUUCAAGCCAAAAGUUUAAAAUGGAGCAAAUAAUAAUAAAUUAAUUUUUUUUUUUUUUUUUGGUUGGCCCGGGAUAAAAAUACAGAAAUUUAUAAAUAAAUAAAUAAAAGGCACAC